UCUCCGGAGACGUCGUCAAGGUAGCCAACGCUGUCGACGCUGUCGCCAACAAAUCCCCUCUCGUAUUUCCAAGAGUCUCGCGAGGCUCUCUAGAUAUACUGGUCUCUUCCCCCAGUUGCCAGCAUGUUCUGCCUCCGCAGCUGGCUCCCCCUGCUUUUCAUUCCGACCAACGCCUCCCCCGCCUUCAUAUUCUUGUUCUUCGUCUGCACCUACUUCCUCAACCGGCCGUGCGUCUACUGCUCGUUCCUCCUGCUCAUCCUCUUCCUGACCUCAUGCAACUGGUCCGACCGAUGCUUCUUCGACUUUGGCAGUAACUGGUUCCUCCCGCGGCCCCUCGGCAGCCACGACUAUGUCCCCAUGUCCACGAGCGGGGACGGUGCGGCGAACAUGACGAGGCCGGACGACCUGAACGCGACCGUGUCGGUGGCGGUUGCUGAGAUGGUGAACACUACCGCCGGGGCGUUGGCGGGCAUUCUCUCGGAUCGCCUCACGGGGGCCAGGGCCGAAUGGACUGGACUUGGUAUCGAGUGGUUGCGGAGUUUGCUCGGAAAGCGCGAGUGGAGGAUCGAUUGUUUGGACGUCUACAUACGAUUAUAGUGUCUUGCUCUUUGCUAAAUUGGAGUUAUGGUAUCAUGAUAAUACGGCCAUCGCGCCGGGAUUUGGGAAUGGACAACAUAGGACAUCGCCGCGGUGUUCACAUGGCAGACUGCGAAAGGGAAGUCCCACGACGAUGGUAAUUCUACGCGUCAGAAAUAGCACGCACGAAAUAUACUUUGUCGGUUUACCAGGCCUUGUUAUUGUUCCGCAACUCCGUGCCUCAGCUAACGGAUGAAGCAAGUUCGACGAGAAAUACAAUCCGUGGGCACCCCGAGACUAGCUGGGGACCGAGGGAGGUUCUCUAUCUAAAGAAACGUGCGCCUGAACCGAAACCGAGACCACCUUGGGUAUGUAAGGAAAGAGGAAAGGAAAGAGGAGAGAAACCGAGAGAAG